AAAUACCUCUGAAAAAUGAAGAACCGCAAUAUAAAAAUACAAAGCUUCUGUGCACCCCGUCUGUCUACAAUCGUAAUGGCGAUUCUGAAAAGGCUGUCUCUCCUUCUAACUCUCCUCCUUGUUGGUAGCCCAGCUUGGGCCACCAUCUUCACGCUCCAAAAUCACUGCAACUACACCAUCUGGCCGGGCACACUCACCGGCAACGGUGCCACCGUCCUCGGUGGCGGCGGCUUCUCUCUGCCAGCUGGCGCAUCGACGUCCUUCCCAGCCCCACCCAACUGGUCUGGCCGUUUCUGGGCCCGCACGGGCUGCACCUUCGAUGCAUCCGGCCAUGGUAACUGCACCACCGGCAACUGUGGCGGCAUGCUAAAAUGCACCGGUGGCGGCGUACCUCCCGUCACCCUCGCCGAAUUCACCCUCGGCGGCAGUUCCAGUGCAAAGGACUUCUACGAUGUCAGCCUCGUUGACGGCUUCAACAUUGGUGUUGGAGUGAAACCGUCCGGUGGCGGGACCGGCGACUGCCAGUAUGCCGGUUGCCACGCCGACCUGAACGGCAGCUGCCCCGCGGAACUACAGAUAGUCGAGUCAGGCUCAGUGGUCGCGUGUAAAAGUGCGUGUGCAGCGUUUGGCACGCCCGAGUACUGCUGCACGGGCGCACAUUCGUCACCGUCCACCUGCGGGCCCACCCGAUACUCGGAGCUCUUCAAGAAUUCAUGUCCGACGGCUUACAGCUAUGCAUAUGAUGAUGCGUCGAGCACGUGCACGUGUGCCGGAUCGGAUUAUCUGAUCACCUUCUGCCCCACUGGACAGUGAUUCUCGACCUUUGAUGCAUUUUCCCUUUUUGUUUUUUUGGUGGGAAUGUGAGUGUGAUGUUUGCUAAUCUCACACGUGUGUAUGGCACA